AUGACGCCGUUCGAUGAGGCCAUCAAAAAGCUCAACGAUUCGGGUUACACCAGCUUCGUCUCGCUCGUUAACGCCUACGGCAAGAUGAAACAGGUCAAGGAUGCUCUCUCAAAGCCGCUCACCAUGCUGGUGCCGUCGAACGCGGCGAUCAGCAAGCUGCAGAUCACCAAGUACAAGUCAACGGAGCUGAUGGUGGUCGUCGGAUUCUCGGCCUUCAAGAAGGUCAUUCCCGCCGAUGCGCUCAAGACCCUGCCCGUGGGCAGCAACAUCACGACUCUCGCGAGCACCAAGGCGGGGAAGCCAAUGACGCUUCAGAAGCAGGCGAACAACAAGAAGGGGCAGGUGGUGCUGCAGGGAAAGAAGGGCAGCACGAUGGCGAUCACCAAGCUUAACUUCUACCUCAAGCCCGGCAAGCUCGUCGUUCACACCACCGACGCCGUCGCCUUCCCCACCACGCUCCAGGGCACCGUGCUGUAA